GGAGAUUCCUCUGUGCCCGUGGCCCCUUUGCCGUCCACGCGCUCCCUGCCCGCGUCAGCCAGACUGCUGGGCGCAGAGGCCACCUUCUGCCAUCGUCCUUUUGGGAGAACCUGUGUUUGGCUGGAGCUGUGGACAACGUCAGCUCUCGAGAGUGGGUUCGAGCCACGCACGUCCUCCGCUGGACGGUUCCUCGGUGAUAAACUCUCUCCAUUUUGUCCCAUUUUGUCCAGACAAACGAGGGAGCAGGAGACGCCCCCUGACUUCUUCUAUUUCUCUGACUACGAGAGGCACAAUGCAGAGAUCGCGGCCUUCCACCUGGACAGGAUCCUGGACUUCCGCCGGGUCCCGCCCGUGGCUGGCAGGAUGGUUAACAUGACCAAGGAGAUCCGGGACGUCACACGGGACAAGAAGCUGUGGAGGACCUUCUUCAUCUCUCCAGCCAACAACAUCUGCUUCUACGGGGAGUGUUCCUACUACUGCUCCACGGAGCAUGCGCUGUGCGGGAAGCCGGACCAGAUCGAGGGCUCGCUGGCGGCCUUCCUGCCGGACCUGUCGCUGGCCAAGAGGAAGACGUGGCGCAACCCCUGGCGGCGUUCGUACCACAAGCGCAAGAAGGCGGAGUGGGAGGUGGACCCCGACUACUGCGAAGAGGUGAAGCAGACCCCCCCCUACGACAGCAGCCACCGCAUCCUGGACAUCAUGGACAUGACCAUUUUCGACUUCCUCAUGGGAAACAUGGACCGCCAUCACUACGAGACUUUUGAGAAGUUUGGGAACGAGACAUUUCUUAUCCACUUAGACAACGGAAGAGGGUUUGGAAAAUAUUCCCAUGAUGAGCUUUCCAUUCUGGUGCCUUUACAGCAGUGCUGCAGGAUCAGGAAGUCCACCUACCUGCGGCUGCAGCUCCUGGCCAAGGAGGAGUACAAGCUGAGCCUGCUGAUGGCCGAGUCCCUGCGGGAGGACCGGGUGGCCCCCAUCCUGUACCAGCCGCACCUGGAGGCCCUGGACCGGCGGCUGCGCAUCGUGCUGCAGGCCGUCAGGGACUGCGUGGAGAAGGACGGGCUGCCCAGCGUGGUGGAGGACGACCUGGACCCCGAGCACAGAGUCUCCACCCGGAGGUAGUGACCGCGAGCCGCCGGCCUGCUGCUGAGGAGGGACACCCGCGCACGCCGCGA